UACCCCGAUUCAAUGCAAUCGCUCGGCUUGCAAUCAGUCCAGAAAGUGAAGUUGCGGCGUGAACACUGCAUGUAGGACACACCGCUAUAUUCUACCGAUGCAGAUACUUAGAAACUUCAUCUGGAGGCGUAACAUCGUCCUAGACACUCUUACUCAAUACUACUACUAGUGUAAUCCACAACUGACUAAAUCUGAAACAGUCGAUGAUGGCACAACUCAAAGUGGCUAUCAUCGGACAAAGUCCUUUUGCAGCAGAAGUUUAUAAACUUUUGCGUCAAAAUGGACAUCAGGUCACGGGAGUAUUUACGAUCCCGGAUAAAGGAAAUCGCGAGGAUCCUUUAGCGUCCACUGCCAAGGUCGAUAACACGCCGGUUUUCAAAAUCAAGGCUUGGAGAAGCAAGGGCGUACCCUUGUCCGAGAUUUUGGAACUAUAUAGGAGCAUCGAAGUAGAUCUCAAUGUUCUCCCUUUCUGUAGUCAAUUUAUCCCCAUGGAGGUCAUCAAUCAUCCCCGCCAUCGUAGCAUAUGCUAUCAUCCAUCCUUGCUACCAAGGCACAGAGGAGCAAGUGCCAUAAGCUGGACUCUAAUCCAAGGAGAUAACACCGCCGGAUUUUCGGUCUUUUGGGCGGAUGACGGUCUAGAUACCGGGCCGAUUCUGCUACAGAAAUCUUGCAAGGUGAAACCAAAUGAUACAGUGGAUAGCUUGUACAACAACUUUCUCUAUCCAGAAGGUAUCGCGGCGAUGGGCGAGGCCGUGGACCUCGUAGCCAAAGGUAUUGCUCCUAUAAUACCACAAUCCGAGUUCGGUGCAACGUAUGAUCCGAUGUUGAAUAAAAAGGAGAGUCAACAAAUCGAUUGGACCAAACCGGCGGAAGAGAUACACAACUUUAUUCGUGGUCUGGAUAGCACACCAGGUGCCUGGACAACGAUAAACGGCGAAGAGGUCCGUCUCUUCGGAUCAUCCUUGUGGAAUACCGACAGACUGCCAGAAAUUAUCAACGAAGUCGAACUUGCGGAGCAAAGGGGAAACAUUCAUCAGGGUGGAUUACUAAUCAAAACUGUUGAUGGACGAUUUAUUAAUGUGGAGAGAAUCAAGAUCGGCACCAAAACUAUUCACGCCAGUAAAUAUGGGCAAGCUGAUAAUAGCAGCGUUGUCGACUUUACUGAGGAAGAAUUAAAGACUGCUGACGAUUUACGCCGAAUUUGGGAGAAUAUACUUAAAAUAGAUAUCGAGGAUGACACAGAUUUCUUUGCUUCCGGCGGUGGUAGCAUGGAUGUAGUACGUUUAAUUGAGGAAGUUAAAGAGAAUUUUAACAUCACCCUGCAGAAUAUUGACGUAUUCAUGGCACCAGCCUUCAUCGAUUUCGCUAAAACGGUCGUCCUGGCCUCUCGAGGAAAUGAAGCUUUGAAGGAAAUAAAGUAUGACGCGGUAGAAAUACAAGCAAAUAAUAUGGUCUUACGAUUCCCUAAACAACUCUUCAUCAAUGGCGAGUUCGUCAAUGGCCACGGCAAACCUAUCAAUACUAUAAAUCCUCAUGAUGAGAGCGUUAUCUGUUCGGUGGAAAGUGCAAACAGUGAAGAUGUUGACCGAGCUGUCAAAGCCGCCAAAGAGGCCUUUGAAAAGGGCGAGUGGGGUAAAAUCAGUGCCAGGGAACGAGGUGCACUAUUAUUCAAAUUAGCGGAUUUGAUGGAACAACACAAAGAAGAAUUAGCUACAAUAGAAAGCUUAGACUCUGGAGCUGUUUACACUCUCGCCUUGAAGACUCACGUAGGCAUGUCUAUCGAAACCUGGCGAUAUUUCGCCGGAUGGUGUGACAAGAUUCAGGGCACUACCAUACCUAUUUCACACGCGCGUCCAAAUCGUAACCUCACUUUCACAAGACGAGAACCAAUUGGCGUCUGCGGUUUAAUCACCCCCUGGAACUACCCAUUAAUGAUGCUUUCAUGGAAGAUGGCACCUUGUCUAGCAGCUGGUAACACUGUGGUAAUGAAACCUGCUCAAGUUUCUCCAUUGACUGCUUUGAAAUUCGCCGAGCUUUCCGCCCUCGCCGGAAUCCCCCGGGGCGUCAUUAACAUCGUUUGUGGAUAUGGGACUGACGUCGGAAAUACCAUAGUACAGCAUCCGCUGGUUAGAAAGCUGGGCUUCACUGGUUCCACUCGAGUCGGCCAGACUAUCAUGAAAUUUUGCAAUAGUAAUUUAAAGAGAGUAUCUUUGGAGCUUGGUGGAAAGAGUCCUUUAGUUAUCUUCAACGAUGCUGACAUGCAGCAAGCAGUUAGGAUUGGCAUGAGUAGCGUCUUCUUCAACAAGGGCGAGAAUUGCAUAGCUGCUGGACGACUCUUCGUUGAGGAGACUAUACACGAUGAAUUUGUGAGACGAGUGGUCGAUGAAAUGAAGAAAAUAUCCAUCGGCAAUCCUUUAGACAGAAGUACAGCUCAUGGACCGCAAAAUCACAAGGCUCAUUUGGAGAAACUCCUAAUAUUCGUGCAGAAGGGAGUGAGCGAAGGUGCUAACUUGGUCUAUGGUGGCAAGAGAUUGAAUCGCCCGGGUUGGUACUUUGAGCCAACUAUUUUUGUAAAUGUGAUGGAUCACAUGUAUAUCGCCAAAGAAGAGUCUUUCGGCCCGAUUAUGUUGAUUUCCAAGUUUAAUCGGAACAACAUGGAUGAGCUAAUCGCCAGAGUGAACAACACGGAAUAUGGUUUGGCCUCGGGAGUCCUCACCAAAAAUAUUGACAAAGCUCUCGAGUUUGCGGAAAAAGUUCAAGCUGGCACUGUGUUCAUUAAUACUUAUAACAAGACAGAUGUAGCUGCUCCUUUCGGCGGUUUCAAGAUGUCGGGAUUCGGAAAGGACUUGGGACAAGAAGCCUUGAACGAAUAUCUGAAGACGAAGACGGUCACUGUUGAAUACCAAUAACGAGAAAAGCUAAUUUUCUGAAUAGAUAUCAUUGUUUUAAUGUAGUAUAUAAAAAAUUAAAUAAAAAAAUGAUGUCAGUCACAGAUAAAAACAAAAUUAGAGAAAUAUUAUGUUCAAUAAAGAAACAAUGAUAUCAGAAUAUUGUGUCAACUAGAAGUGAAAAGUUAUAUGAUAAAUAUUAAAUGUUAAAAGUUAACAUUAAUCUUUAAAAAAGAAUUUUAGAAGAAAGAGAAAAUAUACUAUAAACAUAUAAGUACUUAAAAAAAAAAAAAGUAAGCAACGCAUUGC